GCUCAAGGAAAAUUUAGAAAUUCCUCCAAAAAGGCAAAACCCUCUCUCAUCACGAAAACAAAACAAAAUUCGUACUUAAUUUUUAUUACAAGGUGAGAAUUUGUGGUGUCAGACAAUUGCCACUUUCUCUCUCCUCUAGCUUCUUCUAGCAACAGGGCUUGUUACAAUGGCGUGUGCUUCGCGCUCAGUAAUAUCAAUUGCAGCAAAUUCUAGCUCAUUUUCAUUCAAAACGCACCAAUUCCGUAACAAAUUUGGGCGCAUUGAUGCUUCCAGAUUCAAAAUCCGAGCUUCUUCUGUUGAGCCUGAGGAUUGCAAUGUCGAAGAAUGCGCCCCUGAUAAAGAGGUGGGAAAGGUUAGCGUGGAAUGGUUAGCUGGAGAAAAGACCAUGGUGGCUGGAACAUUUCCACCUCGGAAAAAAGCUUGGUCAGGAUAUGUAGAGAAGGACACUGCUGGCCAGACAAAUAUAUAUUCAGUUGAGCCUACGGUGUACAUAGCAGAAAGCGCUAUCAGCUCAGGAACUGCAGGUUCUUCUUCUGAUGGUGCAGAGAACACAUCAGCUAUUGCAGCAUUUCUUGCCCUAUUUAUUGUUGCAGGUGCCUCAUCAAUCCUGCUUCAGGUUGGUAAAAAUGCUCCCCAAAUGCAAACAACUGUGUAUUCUGGACCUUCACUCAGCUACUACAUAACCAAAUUUAAGCCCGCUGAAAUCAUUGAAACUUCCGCACCCAGCCCAAGUGAAAGUUCCUCAGCCACUGAGUCAAUCCAGACCGAAAGUUCCUCAGCCACUGAGUCAAUCCAGACCGAAAGUUCCUCAGCCACUGAGUCAAUCCAAACUGAAAGUUCCUCAGCCACUGAGUUUAUCCAGAGUGAAAGUUCCUUAGCCACUGAGUCAAGCCAGAGUGCAACUUCCUUAGCCACUGAGUCUAUCCAGAGUGAAAGUUCCCCAGCCACUGAGUCUCAAACCUCAACCCCCGAAGUUCCACAAGUACCAGUUGAUUCCGGAGCUGAGCUAGAGCCUUCUGUCACAAUUGCGGAAAAUGCGUCUUAGAUGAAUUUUCACUGCUACUCUGUAUUGUAUAAGUCUGCAAUUUUCGUAGUCCUGUAAAGCAACGUCUACUACAUACUCCCGUAUAUUUUACAUAAACAUAGAGAUGCUCAAUUUACCAGUA